AUGAAGGCCGCCCUCGCAGCUAUCUUUCUUGCCACCCUCAUCAGCUCCGCCGUCUCCGCCCCGACUGGAACUCCGACUCCGGCUCCGGCUGAGGCUAGCAAGCCCACCUCCGAAGAGAUCAAGGACCCAAUCCCCUGGGACCUGAAUGAUCCACUUCAACAUCGAUGGUGGCGGUCUCGCCGUUCAACCUCCCCGGAGUCCCAAAGAUCCGGAUAUGGGCCAAAAGCGGGGGUAGCAACUCCCCGCGAUGUUGAGGAAGAAUCCUCAGCCGCUCAGCUCAGCAACAUGUGA